AAAUCACUUGCCAAAACACGUUUAAAAUGGCGGAAUGUGGUAAAUUAAAUUCAGCUAAAAUCAACUCCGGCGAUGCUGUUCCUGGGCGUAAAGAACAAACAUUAUGUCAGCCAUGUUCAAGAAAGGAUUUACAAACAACGGCUGAUGUGUUUUGUUCAGAUUGUGACGAAUUUCAGUGCAAUGAAUGUUCAAAGGCACAUACAGUUUAUUCGUUUAUGAAAAAUCACAAGUUAUUGAAUGCGACAGACGUUAAAUCAAAACAAACUUCCUUUGAUAUGAAAGGAAUGGACAAUUGUGAACAGCACAGUGAAUUGUUGAAAUUCUUCUGUGAAGACGAGAAUAAGCUCUGCUGCAGUACAUGUGCUAUAGUGUAUCACCGGAAAUGCCAUAGUGUCGUAGAAGUACAGAAAAUUGCCGAGAUGUCGCGUCCUGCAGGUUCCCAGUUAAAAAGAAAAUUGGAAGAAGUAAAAUCAAAGGCGGAGAUGAUUGUUAAACACACUGAAUCAUCGAAACAACAACUCAGUAAAGAUAUCAAAGCAAUAUUUGCGGAAAUAAAAAGAAUGCGAGGUGACAUAAAUAAAAUGUUCAGCGACUUGGAAGUUUACGUUACCAGGGAAACUGACGUAUUUCAGGCUGAAGUAACUAAUGAAUUGGCAAAGACACGAUCCAGUGGUGAGAAACAUAUCGCUGAUGCUACAGUCACUGGAAAUUGUUGAUACGGCUCUGGAGAAAGGGGCGCCAUCACAGCAGUUUAUAGUAGAAGAGACAUUGAAGAAACAGGCCGAUGAGCUUCACAGGGACGUGGACAAUGAAUGUCAAAAGUUACAGUUUGCUAGCAUUUCCUUUAGAUUUGAUGAAACAGUAAAGUUGCCACCACUUCCCAUUUCUGCUUACGUUCCAGGAAAGUUAACAUUAAGUUACACCCUGCCUGAAGCAAAGAAAUCUGCCGCACCUGUAGAUACGAUUGUUAAGUUAACGAAGAUUACUUCUAUUGAUCUUAAGCAGACUGGAGAUGAUGUCAUGGAACAAUUAUACACAGGCCUGGCUUUCCUGCCGGAUGGUAGACUGGUUGUCUUGGAUAAUCACAAGCAGAAAUGUUUGAUUUACAACGAGAAGUUUGAGAAAGUAGGAUCAUAUCAGUUAUCGUAUCACCCGCAGAGUGUUAUUGCAGUAUCCGAGGAGGAAGUGGCGAUAACAAGUAGAAAUCCUUGUAAGAUAGAUUUAUUUCGUGUCAGUAAAUCAAAUGAUUUAACUUUGACCAAGACUUGUAAAGUAACGACACAGUAUGACUCUAUAUGUCUUAAAGAUGAUAGAAACUUUGUUGUUGGAACUAUUGAUGAUACAAGGCAUGUUCGUAUUGUAUCAAUGUCGGGAGAAGAGAAAGAUUUUAGCGUCAGUUUUCCAGAAAAGAAAUAUUCUUUACGCACUAGUGCGUGCAACUAUAUAAGGAAUACGGAGAAGAUGAUACUAACCGAUCGGCACGAGGAUACUGUAUAUAUAUACGACGUUGCGACCAGCACCAGAGUCGUUGUCAUGGACGACCAGAUCAAGGAACCAGUUGGUGUUGCAGUAGGUCCAUCCGACUGUAUCCUGGUUUGCAGUAAAGGAAACAAUUCAAUUGUACAGAUGUCUCAAACAGGUCGGAUCCUAUCAUCACACAAGUUAGAUAUGGAAUAUCCACACAGAGUCUGUGUUUCAAAGGAUCAAUCUAUCCUUGCUGUCACAAACAACUAUAGGGGUAAAAUGAAGUUACAGGUUUUUAAACCUACAUGCUCUAUGUGAUUUUACUUAUUUUUAUCAUUUAGUAAACAGAAGUAUAAAUUAAAGAUAUUCAAUUUUGAUAGAAAAACCUUUUGAUGUACCAUUCAUGUAUUAUUUUCAAUAUCUUUUCAAUAUCUAAAACCUUAAUUACUAACACUCAACUAGCACUUUACAAACACCACACGUUACUGUUUGUCGUUUAAGAUUAUAUAAGACCCAAACGCAUGGCUUAAAAUGUGAACUUUUAUAGUAUCCCUGUAAACAUAUUAUUACCAUGCUUUUGUGUAUAAACAUUUCUGUAUGUAAGAUUAAAAACAGUACACACAUAAAACUUGUAUAGCUUAGCACAGUUUAAUUGUGAACUACAACUAAACAACUGGACGGUUUAUAUAUAAUUUAUAAAUUUAAUAAAUUUAAAUUCAGUUAUUGGGGACUUUCUACCUUUGAAGUAGGUCUAUAUAGAAAUAAGCUAAUUGUAUGAAAGAUGCACAUUGAAUUAUAUCAUAAGCUCUAUACUGUUCUGAUUCAGUAGUUAUUAAAAGAACAGACAGUGUGGCAU